UUUUGCUAUCGCAAGCGCAAGAAAGCUCCUAAGCUCUUUCCACAUUGUCCACUUCGACUUCAAAGGCAAUUGCCAAGCUAUUCGGAGAACCCAUCACACAACCAAGGCAGCUUGAAUCGAGCGUGCUACUGGCCCCAUCGCCAUGUCUUCCGAAUCCAAACCGGUCAAGGACCCCGCCGAGGCGGCAACCGACCCUGCCCCCGCGGCAGCCCAUGAAUCCGAAUAUGAAGACGAGGACGACGAGCAGCCCGAAGCUGCAAACACUGCCGCGGGCUCGAGCUCAACCGCCACCAAGAAGAAGAAGAAGAAGUCGAAGCGCCAAAAGCUCAAGGAUGCAGUGGGCGUUGGCAGCAGCAGCAGCGCUUCGGCCCAGUCCGACGCGACCAAGGCCCUUGGAGGAUUGACGACCGACCAGCUCACCGAUCUCCUCAAGAUGAACCCGGCGCUGGCACACGAGCUCGGUACAGCUCUCAAGACGACGGGCAAGGACGAGGCGGCCACCAUCGACCAGCUCAAGAAGCUGAGCCUGCAAGAGAUCAUGACGGGCCUGGCGGCGAGCGGCAAGAACGUCAAGGACAUGGCGAGCUACAAAUUCUGGCAGACGCAACCUGUGCCAAAGUUUGGCGAGGACGAGCGCGCUGUGGCUCAGCUGCCGGACGGGCCCAUCGAGUCCCAGACCGUGGAGGACGUUCCCAAGGAUGCGCCAAAGAUGAUAGAGGGCUUUGAGUGGUGCACGCCAAACCUUGAGGAUCCGGCCGAGAUCACCGAGGUGUACGAGCUGCUCAACGGCCACUACGUGGAAGAUGACGAGGCCAUGUUUAGGUUCAAAUACUCGGUUUCGGUGCUGAAGUGGGCAAUGAUGUCACCAGAUUGGAGGAAGCAAUGGUGGGUCGGUGUGCGCGCUACCCAGUCCCGAAAGCUGGUGGCCUUCAUCUCGGCGAUUCCGAUGAAGCUCCGUGUCAGGGAAAAUGUCCUCCAAUGCGCCGAGGUCAACUUUAUCUGCGUGCACAAGAGGCUUCGUUCCAAGAGGAUGGCACCAGUGCUCAUCAGGGAGGUGACGCGACGGAUCAAUCUGCAAAACAUAUGGCAGGCCAUCUACACGGCCGGCGUUGUUCUUCCCAAGCCCGUCAGCACAUGUCGCUACUUCCAUCGUGCACUCGACUGGCAAAAGCUUUACGAAAUCGGCUUCAGCCCACUUCCUGCCAACAGCAAGCCCAGCUACCAAGUUAUGAAGUACAAGCUCCCCGAGAAGACACUGGUCAAGGGCCUGCGCGAGAUGAAGGAGAAGGAUGUUCCCGCCGUCUCGAAGUUGUUGCACGAGUACAUGAAGCGCUACGACCUUGCGCCACAGUACGACGAGACUGAGAUGAAGCAUUGGUUCCUUGACACGUCAGAAGCCGGUGACGAGAGGGUUGUCUAUUCUUAUGUUGUCGAGGACGAUGACAAGAAGAUCACCGACUUCUUCUCCUUCUACUUACUCUCGUCCUCCGUUUUGAACAACCCCAAGCAUAGUGUGCUUCGCGCUGCCUAUAUCUGGCAGUACGCUAGCGACGUUGCAUUCCAGCAGCCAUUCGACAAGGCGGCACUGAAGAAGCGUUUGAACGAGCUGAUCAAGGACAUGCUAAUUCUUGCAAAGAGCCACCGUUUCGACGUCAUGAAUGGACUUUCAAGCCUGGACAAUGGAUUCUUCUUGGAGGAGCAGAAAUUCGGGCCUGGAGACGGACAGCUAUUCUACUACCUUUUCAACUACCGAACGGCACCUAUUGCAGGUGGCAUUGAUGCCAGGAACGACUUGACUGGAAACGGCAGUGGCAUUGGCCUGAACAUGUUAUGAUCGGACUAGAUCAGACAGAUCAGCCACACGUACUGCAGUAACUGUCUCGCGUGCAUCGAUCGAUAAUGGAAAGGCUCUAAGCUGUGUUGGGUUAGGGGGGGAUUGCAAUGCAUUUGUUUAACUGACCUUGCUGCCCAAGGUAUUAUGAUUGAUUGGCUUACAAAGCACCGAAAGCGUGGUGGAUCGGAAUCAUGGGAUUCGUCAUGCCGCCACCUUGACAAGGUACAUAUCCUGGCAAAUGGCGUGUUGGUGUUUUAUUCCGCACUUGGAACAAACUAGGACGUUAUAGGAACGUUGCCUUACAGACCCUGGCAACCCGGACCACGUAGCUAUGUAACUAGGUAUACCCACAUAUUCAAACACCGAUGAUAGCUUCAACCUUUCUUUGAAGGAUAAAUGGGGAUUUUGCGGAAAAGAUCAUUCAUGC